AUGUCUUACAUCAACGAGUGCGACCCCAACCCUUGUCUAAAUGGUGGCAAAUGUUCUGAUGGAAUCAACGCGUUUACAUGCGCGUGCGAGGCCGGCUACCAAGGCAAAACGUGCGAAAUUAACAUCAAUGAGUGCGACCCCAAUCCGUGUUUGAAUGGCGCAAAAUGCAUCGACGGCAUCAAUUCGUUCACGUGUUCGUGUUUGGCCGGGUACAACGGGCAAAAAUGUGAAACAAACAUCAACGAGUGCGACCCCAACCCUUGUCUAAAUGGUGGCAAAUGUUCUGAUGGAAUCAACGCGUUUACUUGCGCGUGCGAGGCCGGCUACCAAGGCAAAACUUGCGAAAUUAACAUCAAUGAGUGCGACCCCAAUCCGUGUUUGAAUGGCGCAAAAUGCGUCGACGGCAUCAAUUCGUUCACGUGUUCGUGUUUGACCGGGUACAACGGGCAAAACUGUGAAACAAACAUCAACGAGUGCGACCCCAACCCUUGUCUAAAUGGUGGCAAAUGUUCUGAUGGAAUCAACGCGUUUACUUGCGCGUGCGAGGCCGGCUACCAAGGCAAAACUUGCGAAAUUAACAUCAAUGAGUGCGACCCCAAUCCGUGUUUGAAUGGCGCAAAAUGCAUCGACGGCAUUAAUUCGUUUACGUGUUCGUGUUUGGCCGGGUACAACGGACAAAACUGUGAAACAAACAUCAACGAGUGCGACCCCAACCCUUGUCUAAAUGGUGGCAAAUGUUCUGAUGGAAUCAACGCGUUUACUUGCGCGUGCGAGGCCGGCUACCAAGGCAAAACUUGCGAAAUUAACAUCAAUGAGUGCGACCCCAAUCCGUGUUUGAAUGGCGCAAAAUGCAUCGACGGCAUCAAUUCGUUCACGUGUUCGUGUUUGACCGGGUACAACGGGCAAAAAUGUGAAACAAACAUCAACGAGUGCGACCCCAACCCUUGUCUAAAUGGUGGCAAAUGUUCUGAUGGAAUCAACGCGUUUACUUGCGCGUGCGAGGCCGGCUACCAAGGCAAAACUUGCGAAAUUAACAUCAAUGAGUGCGACCCCAAUCCGUGUUUGAAUGGCGCAAAAUGCAUCGACGGCAUUAAUUCGUUUACGUGUUCGUGUUUGGCCGGGUACAACGGACAAAACUGUGAAACAAACAUCAACGAGUGCGACCCCAACCCUUGUCUAAAUGGUGGCAAAUGUUCUGAUGGAAUCAACGCGUUUACUUGCGCGUGCGAGGCCGGCUACCAAGGCAAAACGUGCGAAAUUAACCUUUUGGUUUCUGACAUCAAUGAGUGCGACCCCAAUCCGUGUUUGAAUGGCGCAAAAUGCAUCGAUGGCAUCAAUUCGUUCACGUGUUCGUGUUUGGCCGGGUACAACGGGCAAAUAUGUGAAACAAACAUCAACGAGUGCGACCCCAACCCCUGUGAAAAUGGCGGGAAAUGUACAGAUGGAAUCAACGUGUUUACGUGCGCAUGCGUACCCGGAUAUCAAGGCAAAACGUGCGAAACUAACAUCAAUGAGUGCGAUCCUAAUCCGUGUUUGAAUGGCGCCAAAUGCAUCGACGGUAUCAACGCGUUCACGUGUUCGUGUUUGGCCGGGUACAACGGGCAGAAAUGCGAAUCAAAGCAAUGUGAGAACAAUACAGCAGUAAAGUGGAACAACACCACCUACCUGUUCACUGUUGAGAAAACUUUGAAGUUCGAUAAUGCGGUGGUAGGUUCCUAA